GGCGCUGUGAAUAACGUGUUUGGUCAUCUGUUGGUGCCUUGGGUUCCUAUGAAGACAUUUAAAGGUGUGAAAGCUAUCACUCCAGUUGAUGUAGUAAUGAAGAGCAAUCCACUUGUUAUGGGUAUUGAAAAAAUGUCUAAGAAAUGGAGUAAGAGGUGGCCUGACAUUGACCAGCCUUGGCCAGUGGAAGGUACCCUUAAUCCUGAAGUGGUUAAAACAAUGCACGUGCUAGUGUCCACCUAUAAGGCAGAGCAAAAGAAAGGAAAGAAGGGAAAGAAACGGCAAGAAAAGAGACAGAGGGAGCUUAACAUUUUGCACUUGUUUGAGCAGGAGGGGCAGAAGAUGCUAAAAGCCGAGAAGGAAAGAAAGGACAGGAUUGUAGAAGAAAUAAACAAAAAUGUUAAAUCAACAGAAAAAUUGAUGGCAGAAGUGAACAAACCUUUCUCACACACGACCCCAGUGAAGAGCCCCCCACCGUAUGAGAAAGAGAUUCGGUACACUGAUGUCUAUCCUCAGCUCCCCGUAAUUAAACAGGAGGGCGUGUAUCACAUCAAAGACGAGGAGAAGCAGAUGAUAGAGACAGGAACAGCUAGAACAACUAUAAAAAUGUACCCAAGCAGGAAGAGUAAAACGAAUACAGGUCAUCCAGCAGCUAGUGGUGAACAAAAAUACAGAAAAAUAGAAAUGGGAGAUGAUAGUCAGAGUGAUUCAGAAGAGGCUAUUGGAGGAUACGACCCAGCAGUUAGAAACAUAUUAGCCAGAGCAGAGAAAAGAGGAGGAAAAUCACUGAGGAAAAAAGAGCCAGCAAAAGACACCUCAGAGGAGAGUGAAGAUAAUGAUAGGGAUGAAGAAUCAGACAGUGAAGAGUCUUCAUAUUCCCUUUGGUCAACUCCAAGGACUGAAGCUGAGGAGAGGCACAAGGCUUUGAGAAGGAUUGAGAGACGCAUCGAUAAAUGCUAUGGCAACCUAAGUAGGGCUACGAGUCCUGAAAAACAUAGAGAAUUGAGGGAAGAAUUAGAAGAGCUACAAAUAAUAAAGAAUGACCUGAAGAAAAAAGGAAGUGAAAAGCCAUCCACUUCAGGGUAUUCCUUACGCCCAAGAAAAGGGGAUAAGCCAGCUGGGAAAAUGUGUCCAGUUAUUGUUCGGGGACAGAAUUUGGAGUACAAGCCUCUGCAAAAUACAGACAUGUCAGACAUUCUUGAAAAGUUACCUACUCUUCAGGAAGGAGCUCACCCUUGGAUUUCCAAGCUAGAGGAAAUUAUGGUGGGAUGGCAGCCUGCUAUGGGAGACAUCAAGAGACUCCUAGCCAGCAUUUUAGGGGUCCCAGCUAUGGAAGAGAUCUUGCAGAGAGCAGGGCUUAACCGGUAUGCAGGGACUGCGGUAAAUGACCCAGAACUGUUUGCUGCAUGCAGAGCUCGGAUGUGGAGAUCACUGAGAGAUGUAUUUCCAACAAAUGUACAUCCAGAUAACAUUAUAAUUGAACCACUAGGACCACAAGAGAAUCCAAGAGCCUAUGUAUCAAAAGCUCAUCAAAUUUGGAGAAAUAUUACUGGAAACGAUCCAGAUAUGCACCAAAUGGAGCAGUCUAUUUUGCGAGCCAAAAUACAAAAAGGGUUGCCCCAGCCAGUGAGAAAUAAAUUAGAAGAGGUGGUUGGUCUUGGUAGUAUGACAAAAGGGAUAUACACAGACCAUAUAGCACAUCAAGUGGAGUUGUACAGGAAGAAAGAGAACAAGCAGAGAGAGCAUGAUCAAGAGAUCCUGAGACAACUUAACCAUAUACAUUUGGGAGAUAGCAAAAACAAGGAGAAGAAACAAGCUGUGGUUAUGCAGAGUCAAUCUCAAUCAGAGCAGGCAAAAAUGCAACUGCAACAGGAACAUAUGCAGGACCGACCACCCCAGCUGACGCCAGUAGCUCCUUUAGGUUCAUAUGCACAACCAGCCUUUAGUCAGUGGCAGACAUGGAGUGGAAGCGGUGAAGACAGAAACUUCAACCCAAACUUCCAGGCAUUUUCAGAAGCAUGUUAUAGGUGUGGACAACUAGGUCAUUAUGCACUUGACUGUUAUUGAGUGGAAGAAAGCUCUAUCACAGAAUGAGUGAAGGGAGAAAGUAAGAAAGUUUUUGGUAAGUAAGUAAAAAAUGGUUCUUGUCAAGGACAUUGAUUAUUUGGGGAAAAGAACGAUUCAGGAGGCCAGGGUUAGCAAUGAUGCAAGGGGGGAAGUUACAAGAAACAUCAUAAAGGAAUAGGUUUUUGGACACCACAAAUUUUUGAUUAUGUCAUAAGUAGAUGUACAAUGUGUCUAAAAAGUAAUGUUCGAAGGUGUAACAGUUGAAGCUUGUCUAACCAAGCAGAAAGAUGCUCAGUAUGUUGCCAAGUUCUUGUCUAAAGAGGUCAUAAGCAGAUGGGGACUUUUAGAUUAAAUAUUCGAAGAUAAUGGAGAAGAGUGUGUGGAUAAAACAGUGAAAUUGAUUUGAAAAACUAAGAAUUGAACACUGUUUAAGAGCUCUGUACCAUCCGCAAAGCCAAGGUAUCUGUGAAAAAACAAAAAAAAUGAAUGGGGUGAUGAGAAACCCUAUGGGUAAGAUUGGCCAACACACAGGUUUACAUUUUGAUGAUGUAAAGGGGAGGUAUUACUUAGGGGGAAAUAGGAUAAACAUGUCAAAACAAAAAUGUGUGUUUUCUGGCAAGGUACUGCUUAAUUUUUUCAUCCCCAGGACAGCAGUUGGGGAGACCAGCUAAAGAAAGGUGGUUCUCCAGACAUCUAAACAGCCUAAUGGACCCACACCUCCCAACAAGACAACCAAACAUGGACAAUGUAAACACAACUGAAACCUGACAGAGGAUGUGAACAAGGACAUUGCAUUGGAUACACAAACGGAGAACACCCAUGGACAAGAACACUACACAAGCAGCCAAAGAUGUUAAGGAGCAAAAAUUAUUAUUCAUUUUAAUCAUAGAGUUGUUAAUGUAUAAUCUGGGAUUGAAUGUCAAUUUAUCUCUCUGUGUUGUAUUUUAAUGGUCAUGCAAAUACCAAACAGCAUAGGAAGAAUGGAAAGUAUGAAAGGGGGGUUUAGUUAUUCAUAGCCUAAGUUGUAAAAUGAAUGUAUUGGGAUCUCAGUUGUUUUCUUUGUUUUCUCGGUUUAGGAUCAGUGGUGUUAGGCAGGGAUAGGUCCCCAGAAGGUCCGAUGGGAAGACCAGCUUGACUGUGGAUUUUUUAAUUUUAUUUCUGAGAUUCCCAAGAAUAUUUGAGCCAAACAUUAUUUCCACAUAAAGUCUAACCCUUAACUUUCAAUUGGAUUGGAGUACAAUAGGUGGUCGCCUAGGGCAGAGGGACCGUGAGUGACUUUUUCCUGUCUAGAUUGUCUGAUGGAUACUAAUGGAACAUAGCUGCCUGACAGGUUUUUGCCCUCACACUCCAAAAUUUUAGCAAUAAAUAGAAAUUGUAAACAUUUCUUCGCCUUUUUCGAGACUCUUUGGAGUCUCGAAGGGGGGAAAUAUGUGGUAUCUGGAGUACUACAUCAAUAUGCAUUGCCUUAAGGUAUUUUUCAGGAAUAGCCUGAGGACCAAUUGUGGAAUGUGAGUUUGUGUUUUCCUUGUUUAUCAUUAAUGACACCUGGGGUGAAAUAUCCGGGAAGUGGCACUGCACAGGUCACAGGUCACAGGUCACAGGUCACCACUCUAGUUUACUCAAACACCAGAGGGUAAGGAAAAUAUCCCAAAAACAAAGAAAGGAUGUAGGAGGGCCUACAGCCCUAACCGUAUAUAACAGGGUCAUAAACUCUGGUUUGGGAGAGCUGGACAUCAUUGGCAGUCCUCUCCCAGCAACUGCAGUGCUGUAUUGAUACUGGUUUUGUCUUUAUAAUAAACUCCUCUUAUACAAGCAAGCCAGUGUCACGAAGCCUCCUUCUGCAUCUACACAUCGAGGACAGCCCAGACACAACAACGGCAGUGCACUCAGCUAAGCGCCGUUAAGCGCGUGUAUCCCGAUGCGGUUUCUGAAAUGAGACACAGCCUCAUUAGGUUAGGGUUAGGGGUCAGGGCUAGGGUUAGAGAGGUUAGGGUCAGGGCUAGGGUUAGGGUUAGGGUUAGAUGGUUAGGGUUAAGUCUGAUCACAAGGGUUAGGGUUAGAUACCUAGUUAGGCGUUUGUUUAGGGCUAGGGGUUAGUGGUUAGGGGUUGGUGGUUAGGGGGGUUAGGGUUAAGGUUAGGGGUUAGGGUGAGGGGGGUUAGGGUUAGGGUUAGGGUUAUGGUUAGGGGUAGGGUAAGGGUUAGGGGUUAGGGGUAGGGUUGGGGGUUAGAGGUUAGGGUUAGGGUUAGGGCUAGUUGUUAUGUUUAUAGUUUGUUUUGGCGAGAUUGAAGUUAAGUGAACUAGUGUUCCAGCAUGCAGUUGAUAUGUUUAUCUGUUGAACUGGUUACCCCUUGUGUUAAGCUGUUGUUUAUGUGUUGUUUUGAUGUGUUGGCUUGUUGUUAUGAUCAUUGUUUGUUUAGGCAAGAUUGAAGGUUUUUGAGCAUGUGUUUUGGCACGCAUCUGUUUAGUUGGUUACCCCUUGUGAUUAGCCGUUGUUUAAGUGUUGUUUUGAUGUGUUGGCUUGUUGUUAUGAUCAAAGUUUGUUUUGGCGAGAUUGAAGGUUUGUGAGCAUGUGUUAUGGCAUGCAUCUGUUGAACUGGUUAUCCCUUGUGUUUAGCUGUUGUUUAACUGUUGUUUUGAUUGUUGGCUUGUUGUUAUGAUCAUAGUUUGUUUUGGCGAGAUUGAGGUUCAGUGAGCUAGUGUUAUGGCAUGCAUCUAUUGAGUUGGUUCCCCCUUGUGUUUAGCUGUUGUUUUAGUGUUGUUUUGAUUUGUUGGCUUGUUGUUAUGAUCAUAGUUUUUUUGCGAGAUUGAAAUUAAUGAGCAUGUGUUAUCACAUGCAGUUGAUAUGUUUAUCUGUUGAACUGGUUACCCCUUGUUUUUAGCCGUUGUUUAAGUGUUCUUUUUGUGUGUUGGCUUGUUGUUAUGAUCAACCUAGUUUGUUUUGGCGAGUUUGAAGGUUUGUGAGCAUGUGUUAUGGCAUGCAUCUGCUGAGUUGUUUACCUCUUGUGUUUAGCUGUUGUUUAAAUGUUCUUUUGAUGUGUUGGAUUGUUGUUAUGAUCAUAGUUUGUUUUGGCGAGAUUGAAGGUUUGUGAGCAUGUGUUAUGGCAUGCAUCUGUUGAGUUGGUUACCCCUUCUGUGUAGCUGUUAUUUAAAAGUUGUUUUGAUGUGUUGACUUGUUAUGAUCAUAGUUUGUUUUGGCGAGAUUGAAGUUAAGUGAGCUAGUUUUCCUGCAUGCAGUUGAUGGGCUCUAUUUUCGUGCGCGCUGGUGAGGCGGCGGAGGGCGGCGAGCCCCGCGCAGUUGUAUUUUCGUCUGGCGGAGCCUGGCGUAAGUCCAGUUUGGUAUUUUCGUAGACUGAGCCUCACGGAGGCGAGCCGAGAUCCGCCAAGCUGGGCGUGGUGGCGUGGCAGGGGGAGGUGUCGACAGAAUCAGCAGGCGCAGUGACAUUUUCAUGCUCGCCACCGGCGUGUAAAGUGCGCUGAAAGCUCGCCGAUUCAAACCUGGUCAGCUUUCAGCGCAUGGCGGAGCGCAGCUGGUCUAGUAGUAUUUUGGUAGACCGGCGGCGUAUCGACAUACGUCACUGAUGCCCCACCGGCAGAUUUCCACAGUGUCAGGCACAUUUCAGUGCAAUAAAUAAUCAUCAUCAACUAUUAAUCUGAGUCAGCACAUACAUUUAGAUCUAUAUUGAUAUAUACUGAUCUAUAUGUGAUCUGAUGAGUGCGUUUGGCACGCGUUUGGACACACAACCUGACCGAAUCAACACAGCUGAAACCGCAUCAAAUUAAAUUAAAUAUCUAGUAAAUAAACACACAUGAUGAAGUUAACAAGAUAUGUAAUUUGUCUCCCUUCUUUUCUAUCUUCCUCUUCCUCUUAUUUCUCGCACAGCUGGACCUGGACACGUCUCCGUGUCCUCUGUCCUUCUUGCUGCUGCUGCGGCUGAACAGAUGAUUUGUUUCAGUGCUCAGAUGUGUUAUCUACUUUAAGCCUACAUGCGGAUAUUAUAAUAUUCAGUUUUGUGAGGCAAAUUUAUUUUAUAUGCCAACAUCUAUGAAAGAAAGAGCCAGGUCACGGAGCGCGAUGCGUCAUUUACGCACAGAUGGUUCCAUUUUUAAUGCCAUUUUUGGAGUUUAUGUUGUGAUCUGUGCGCUCAACCCACCUUUGUCACGUGAGGUUUGAAUAUAUGCAACUUUAUGUGAGUGUCUUUAUUUGUGGAAAAGGGUGUUUGUCUUACCAGUGGGUCCAACAACACACACACCAAAUCCAUCUGUGCUCAUAUGAGAGAGUGUGGAGGACACUUGUUGAGGAGCUGCCCUCUGUCGUCAUCUUGUGGCAUUACUGUCUUAAGACAUCUCUUGAUCUCUUUGACUACUUCAUGAAAAUAGUAAUACGCCUCGCCUGUGGCGGAUUUAAAGGCAAGGAGAGGAGCUUAUGUGAUUGGUGAAAACAGGUCUCGGCUGUGUUAAACCCACUCCACGCCCUUUCUCCUCCCCGUCUACGACAUAUGCUGCUGGGAGGAGCUGAGUUAGGGAGGGGGGAUACUUACGCCGGGCUGUGCGGCUCACCAAAAUACCAAAAUGUGCUUGGGAACGCCUUGUCAGCGCGGCGGAUCUGACUGACGCUGCACUUGCGGCACGUCUCCGGCGAGGCACCAAAAUAGAGCCCGAUAUGUUUAUCUGUUGAACUGGUUACCCCUUGUGUUAAGCUGUUGUUUUUGUUCGUUUAGGCAAGAUUGAAGGUUUGUGAGCAUGUGUUUUGGCAUGCAUCUGUUGAGUUGGUUACCCCUUGUGAUUAGCUGUUGUUUAAGUGUUGUUUUGAUGUGUUGGCUUGUUGUUAUGAUCAUAGUUUGUUUUGGCGAGAUUGAAGUUAAGUGAGUCAUUUUUGUGUAUUUUUGUACCAUAGCAGUGGCGUUAUGUUUUGAAUGGACUCUCAAAGGCUUAAAAAAUUGUUUUUUGGAUAAAAAAUGUACUAUUAUUGAUCAGGGCAGAAAUUAAUUGAGAGAUGUGUGGAAAAAAAUCUGGGAAA